CCUUCCAUCGGACGAUGCAGACCACUCGAGGGGCAGAUCAACAUUGCCCCAUUCUCGCCGGUCCUACCUGUCAGUGCUCUCCCAUGGCGAACUCCCAGCCCUCCUCCUGGCUCGCCGCCGUGGCGACCAAUGCCGCCGCCAGGCCAGCCAUCCUCCACCGCGCCCACGCCGCCCUCAUCACCUCUGGCCACCUAUCCUCCUGCACCUCCGUUAACUCCCUCCUCCGCGCCGCUCGCAUCCCCGCUGCCUGCGCCCUUCUCCUCCGCUUCCUCCUCCUCCACCGCCUCCCGCCCGACCACCUCUCCCUCUCCUUCUCCCUCCACUCCUGCACCCGCUCCCCCAGCCUCCCCGUCGCAAGCCUCCUCCACUCGUUCGCCUUCAGGCUUGGCCAUGCCCGCGACGUCUACGUCCUCAAUGCUGCCGUCUCCGCCUACUUCAGGGCCACCGACGUCGCCUCCGCCGAGCGGCUCUUCUCCUACACAAAGGAUGUCGCCGACGUUGUCACCUGGACCACCAUGGUCACCGGGCAUGCCAACGCCGGCGACGUUGCGCGUGCGAGGUGGUUCUUCGACGCCAUGCCUGAGAGGAACGUGGUUUCCUGGAACGCGAUGCUGGGCGCCUACGCAUCCGCCGGGAUGCUGUCCAAGGCGCGGAAGGUGUUCGAUACAAUGCCCAGCCGGAAUGCCGCCUCGUGGAGCUCGAUGGUUACUGGGCUCGUGCAGUCCAAUCAGUGUGAGGAGGCGUUGAGGGUGUUCAGUGAAAUGGUCGGGACGGGUGUCGUGCCGAAUGAGGCUGCACUGGUGAGCGCUGUCUCAGCGUGCUCUCUGCUGCGGUCGAUAGAGCACGGCAUGUGGGUACAUGCGUAUGCCAAGCGGGAGCUGAAUGGGAUGAGCGUCAUCCUCGCGACAGCGAUUGUUGACAUGUAUGGUAAAUGUGGGGGUAUCCAUAAUGCCGUCAGGGUGUUUGCUGCAAUGCCUGUGAAAAACAUCUACUCGUGGAACUCGAUGAUUACUGGACUCGCCAUGAACGGCAGGGAAAUGCAGGCCUUGUCACUCUUCUGGAAGAUGCAGAUGGCUGGUGUUCGACCAAAUGAUAUAACCUUCAUCGGGUUGCUGGGUGCUUGUAGCCACUCAGGUCUCGUUGAUGAGGGCCGCUGGUUGUUCAACAAGAUGGUUAAUGGCUUUGGAAUCCAGCCACUCCAAGAGCACUACGGCCUAAUGGUUGAUUUACUCGGUCGGGCGGGUCAUGUUAGGGAGGCAGUGGAUUUUGUCAACAGCAUUCCGGUGGAGCCGCAUCCGGGCUUGUGGGGUGCGCUUGCUGGCGCCUGCAACAUCCAUGGUGAGGUGGAGCUUGGUGAGGAGAUUGCCAAGAAGCUCAUUGAACUGGAGCCCCGUCAUGGUAGCCGGUACAUCCUCCUGUCAAACAUAUAUGGUGCAUCAAACAGAUGGGAUGACAUGGCCACUGUGCGCAGGCUCCUUAAGGAGCGCAAGGUCCCCAAGGGCACUGGCAAUGCCAUGGUUGGUAAUGAUGGUCAGUCUAUGAAAUCCAUGCUAGGUUAGUAUUCCUGUAGACAGUGACAUGUCAGGAGCUUACUGACUGGGUGGCAUGAGGUUGAUUACCCUCCAUCCACCUUGGAGACAUCAUUGUGCUGAAACAAACCUCCGUAGGGGAGAAAUGUUUGAUUUAUGUGUUAGUAUAUGCCUGAUUUCUUAUGCUGCGCACUGAAAUCAACAUGGCGCAGAGCUGCAAAAUCCUGUCAAGAAGCCAAGAGUUCUUUGUACUCCCUCCGAUCCGCUUUAGUCUGCGCAUAACUUAUUUUGAUUUUUUCCUUAAUAGUCUGCGCGCGUUGGCAAGUUUCCGAGCAUACCCUCCUUUGACCGGAGUAAUUAGCAUUGCUUUGGCAGCUGCAACGAAAUGGCAGCCAAUGAAUCACGCCAUGCAGCGGGCCCGUACUGCAGGUCUGGGAGAGAUAAGAGGAGCCACAUGGACCGGCCAAUCCAAUGCAUGCAGUAACUGAAAAUGUCCAGCGCUUUCCAUGCAUGCACAAGGGUAAAACAGUCCAAAAAACAACCAGCUGGGCUCUUCUUGGUAUCUGGAACGCUACUUAUGCGCAGAGAAAAAAGAAUCGGAGGGAGUAUUUAAAUACUGUCCUGAAGAUGCAGAAGCUCAGAAAAUAUGCACCUAACUACGGCAUGCAUAUUUGUAAUUAAAUUCCGAUGGGAAGAGGCGGGAGCAGAAAAGCCAUCAUGAGGCUCAGGUUCAUUUAAUAAUUUCUUGCAACCUGUCCGUAUGCUUCUUUUUUUACUGUAUGCUUGAAUCAGAUGUAUGCAAACCACUCGAGUAUUGUCUUUGAUAUAUGAUGUUUAUGUUCUAUCCUGCCAUUACAUGUGUUUAUCAAA